AUGGCCGGUCUGUCAUGCGUAAUGUCCCGUUCAAUCAAGUAUUUGUUCAAGUACGUCAACAAGGGCCAUGACAGGGUAACAGCAGAGUUUUUCAAAGCCAACUGCGAUGCAGAAUGUCCAAAAGUUAUUGAUGAAAUCAGUAUGUUCUAUGAUUUUUGGUACAUCUCUCCAUGUGAAGCAUCUUGGCGAUUAUUUGGAUUUGAUAUACAGUUAAGGACACCAGCUGUUGAGCGAUUAAGCUUUCACUUGCCAAAUCAACAAAGUGGCGUAUUUGCAGAUGAUGAUCCAGUUGAUAACAUACUAAGCCGUCCAACAAUCAUGUUCUUAGAAUGGUUUGAGGCAAAUAAAACCUACCCAGCUGCAAGACAACUGACAUAUGCCGAAAUGCCAACUAAAUUUGUAUGGAAGAAAGAUGUUAGGAAAUGGCAACCAAGGAAAAGAGGAUUUGCAAUAGGUAGAGUUUUCUAUGUGCCACCUGGUACAGGGGAGAUAUUUUAUUUGAAAUGUCUUUUGAAUAAAGUAAAAGGGCCCACAUGUUUUUUGGACAUAAAAAAAAAAGUAGACGGUGUGCAAUAUGAAUCUUUCAGGGAUGCGUGUUCUGCAAGAGGAUUAGUCGACGGCGACAGGGAAUAUGUUCAUGCUAUAGAAGAAGAAAGUCAAUGGGCGACAGGUGUAAAUUUGAGAAUAUUGUUUGUCACCCUAUUAAUGUCAAACUCAAUGGGAAAACCAGAAGUUGUGUGGGAAGCUGCCUGGCACUAUUUGGCUGAGGAUGCACAAUUCAAGAUUAGUGCUCAAUUGGGGAUUACAGAUUUGAUUUUAUCUGAAGAUGAGAAAAAGAAUUUUGCACUUCAUGAGAUACAAAUAAUGUUUUCUGCUAUGGGAAAGAGUUUGAAAGACUUUCUGUUGAUGCCAAAUGAUAAAUUGGUGCAUCAACUCACCGAAGAACAAAGGGCUAUAUAUGGAGAAGUAUUGCAAGAUGCUGAGAAUAAUCUGGGAGGCCUGUUUUUUGUUUAUGGAUACGGUGGAAUGGGAAAAACAUUCUUAUGGAGAGCAUUGUCUUCUGCUUUAAGGUCAAAGGGUGAUAUAGUUUUAAACGUGGCAUCAAGUGGCAUAGCAUCUCUUCUACUACCAGGAGGUAGAACUGCGCAUUCAAGAUUUUCAAUACCAAUAGCUGUUAAUGAAGAUUCAACCUGCAACAUCAGUCAAAGUAGUCCUUUGGCACAGUUGAUAAUGCAAAGUAAGUUGAUCAUUUGGGAUGAGGCACCGAUGAUGCAUAAGUUUUGCUUUGAAGCUUUAGACUGUACUAUGAGAGAUAUCAUGCGUGCUAAAAAUCCAAAAAGCUUGGAUAUGACUUUUGGUGGGAAAACCGUGGUGUUAGGUGGAGAUUUCAGACAGAUUCUACCAGUCAUUCCAAAGGGAACCAGGCAAGAUAUUGUUGGAGCAAGUAUAAAUGCAUCAUAUCUUUGGAGAAGCUGUAAAGUAUUUAGGCUAACAAAGAAUCUCAGGCUUAGGUCAUUGCAAUCAGAUACUGAAGUUAAAGAGAUUGAAAAAUUUGCAAAGUGGAUUGCUAAUAUAGGUGAUGGAACAAUUGGUGAUUGUUUGCAUGGAGAAUGUGAGAUAAAUAUUCCUGAAGAAUUAGUGCUAAUUUGUGUUGAGGAUCCAAUUUCUACAAUUGUUGAUAACAUAUUCCCUAUGUUCUGCAGUGGUUAG